AUGGUAACAUGAGACGUGGAGCCCACAGGUAGAUCUGCUUCCAAUGUUUAUGAGUUGGGAGUAAAACCUCCCCCAUUUUUUAUUCAGAGUGGAACACUACUAAUGCUAAUUAUGAAAAAUCAAAGAUUAUAUAAAUUUAUUGAAUUUCAGAGACUUCAACAUCAAGACAACAAGAUCAAGAGAAGGCAAUGAAAUUGUAAUAAAUACAGCCAUAGCUCCCAAUUAUAUGCUCUUAUUAGGCCUUAGCGUACAAACAAAUUCUCACAACUACCUUCCUUUUUCCUCUUCCUCCAUUACUACUGUUUUGGUGCUUCUAUUCUUCCAUUUUUGUUCUCUAUCUUCUCUGCAGUACCAGAAUCAAGGUACUCAAUUAACAAUUGUAGCUAAUUCAGCUCCAUUUUUCAAAGAAGAAAACCAAAGCAGAGAGUACGGACAGAGGCUGUAGGAUAGAGAAAUAAAAUGAGUUUGAUGGAGGAGAUUGAUUGUGGGAAUUUUUUUGACCAAAUUGAUGACCUUCUUGAAGUUCCAAACGACGUUGAAAAAGGAUUGGUUGAUAAUAGAGUUACCGGAGAAUACAAUGAUUUUCCGCCGGUUUUUUGGUCGGGAAACUCGCCGGUCUUUUCAGCCGCUUCUAAUAACAGUGCCUCGGACCUCUCUGCUGAACUCUCUGUUCCUUAUGCGGACAUUCUUCAGCUCGAGUGGCUAUCGACAUUUGUGGAAGACUCCUUUGCUAGUAGAGGCUUGACGCUUGAGAAAAGUCAGUCAACGUCUUUCGAUAAGGACUCCCCCCGAAAUCAGUUUCAGACUUCCAGUCCUAUAUCAGUCCUUGAGAGCAGCAGUGCUUGCAUAACAUCAUUCUCAUCCGGUCAUGAAAAACGUGCUCGCAGCAAACGCCCUCGUCCAGCUACAUUCAAUCCUCUUGCUCACCUAAUUUCCCCAACAUCUUCCAUCACCAAAACAUCUCACCAUGCUUUGCUCGGUUCCAAACCUUCAUCGGCUGAUUCAGGGAAUUUUUCUGAGUCUCGUCCAUUGAAGAAAAAGAAGAUCAAGAUUCUACUUCCCUCGGUUAGAAUAAGCCAGAAUCAAAAUGAGAAUCCAAAUGCAAACCCCACAUCACAGCCAUUACGAAAGUGCAUGCAUUGUGCAAUUACUAAGACCCCACAAUGGAGGGCAGGCCCUAUGGGUCCCAAAACCCUUUGCAAUGCAUGUGGUGUCCGAUACAAGUCUGGCCGUCUCUAUCCUGAGUAUCGGCCAGCUGCAAGCCCUACUUUCGUGCCAUCGUUGCACUCCAAUUCUCACAAGAAAGUCCUCGAGAUGAGAACCAAGAACACCGAGGAGAAACCCGACCUCAUCCCAAUAUGUGGCCUUCCCCCGGCAUGUAUGUGAUCUCAAAGAACAGCCUCCUCUGAACACAUGAAAUCGAGGAGGCUAGGGAUGCGCUGAGGUCAUUGUAUCAUUAUUUCCUUCCUGUAGUGGUUGCGUUCGGCCGUCAGCCCUGCAUUUUAGAGUCAUUUGUUGUUGUUUCUCCAUUUAUAUUGCUACAUAUAUCUUGGUUCAUUGUUUUUUUUUGUACAAAGAAGGGGGCAAUGUUAUAAAUUAGCAUCAAUAGUUGACUAUAUUUAGCUUAAAGUAGAGAGGAAUUAAGGAAAAUGAGAUUGAUAAAGCAGGAAGAGUUGAGAGAGCAAAUACAAAGUUUGUAGCCCUAAAGAUUUAGGUGUAGGUUAAACUUUAAUUAGUUGUCAUGGUCACUAGGUAUGAAGUCUUGUUUGUUUAAAUUCCCAUAUUUUGUUCGUCUUUUUCUUUUUCAUUCUUUUUAUAAAUUUUUUUAUUUAUCA